AUGGUUGUCCGUCGUACGGCGGCGGCCCCGGAGCCCGCGCUGGCGUCAAACGCAGCAAGGCGAAACGGCGGAGGCUCCAAAUCCAACCAGCAAGCCUACUGCCCGGCGACGGCGAGCAACCUGGGUACAAAUGCUGCAGCUAAGCGUGUCUCGCCGACUGGCGCUGCGGCUGCACCCUUGACGACCGCUAAGCCGCCGACUGCACCGCCGAAGCCCGUCGGUUCGUCGGGCGCUUGCAAGCGCAAAGCAGAGGCCCCCGCGGUUUUCGACGAGGCGAGGCUGGCAAGGGCCAGGAUAAGGCUUCACGAGGGGUACAAGGAGGCCUCCGCAGUCAAGGAGAAGAGGAAGGUCAAGGAGGUCAAGGUCAUUGCCGCAGCGGGGAAGGCGAGGCAGCGUCCUGCUCACAAUGUAAGGUGCACGGCUGCCCACCGGGCAGGGACAGGGAAGCAAGCUCCGGUGCCUUGUCCGCCCAGGAUGCCCAGGGCUUUUUGA